ACCACCAUGCUCCGCCUCGCACCCCUCCGCACCACCCUCCGCGCACACGCUGCCCAAGUCCAGCGCCGCAACCUCAGCAUCCACGAGUACCAGAGUGUCCAGCUGCUCAACAAGUACGGCGUCCCCACCCCCAAGGGCGUCCCAGCGUUCACCCCCGCCGAGGCCGAGGCCGAGGCAAAGAACUUUGGCGGGCCCGUCGUCGUCAAGGCCCAGGUCCUUGCCGGUGGCCGUGGCAAGGGGCACUUUGCAAAUGGGUUCCAGGGCGGUGUGCACAUGGCUGAUACCCCCGCUCAGGCCAAGGACUUUGCUUCCAAGAUGCUUGGCCAGAGCCUCAUCACCAAGCAGACCGGCGCCGGUGGCCGCCCAUGCAACGCCGUCAUGAUUGCCGAGCGGAUGCCCCCCGCCAAGGAGUACUACGCUGCUAUCCUCCUUGACCGUGCUCGUGGCUCUCCUGUGCUCGUGGCUUCCAACCAGGGUGGCAUGAACAUUGAGGACGUCGCACAUGACACCCCCGAGGCUAUCAUCACCACCAACCUCGACUUUGAGAACGGCCUCUCCAAGGCUGACGGUGUUGCCCUCGCCGAGAAGCUCGGCUUUGCGGAGAAGUCGCGUGAGAACGCCGCCGACGUCUUCAACAAGCUUUACACCAUCUUCAAGGAGAAGGACAGCACCCAGAUCGAGAUUAACCCCCUUGGCGAGCUUCCCGACGGCACUGUUCUUUGCAUGGACGCCAAGUUUGGCUUUGACGACAACGCCGACUUCCGCCAGAAGGAGGUCUUUGAGCUGCGUGACAAGAGCCAGGAGGACGCCGAGGAGGUCAAGGCCGCCGAGUACGGCCUCAACUUUAUCAAGCUCGACGGCGACAUUGGCUGCCUCGUCAACGGUGCCGGUCUCGCCAUGGCCACCAUGGACGUGCUCAAGCUCUACGGCGGCGACCCGGCCAACUUCCUCGACGUCGGUGGUGGCGCCACGGCCGAGGCCGUCAAGGCCGCGUUCACCCUCAUCAUGUCGUCCAAGAACGUCAAGUCGAUCUUUGUCAACAUUUUCGGCGGCAUCAUGCGCUGCGACGUCAUUGCCGAGGGCAUUAUCAACGCGUCCAAGGAGCUCGAGAUGACCAUCCCCCUUGUCGUCCGUCUGCAGGGCACCAAGGAGGCCGAGGCCAAGAAGAUGAUCAAGGAGUCGGGCCUGUCCAUCUACUCGUACGACAUUCUCGACGACGCAGCCGACGCGGCCGUCAAGCUCGCAAAGGGCGCCUCUUUGUAGUCUUGUUCGUAGAUAGAUCUGCUCUUGUAUGAUGUAGAAUUGCGCGGCA